GAAGAUCGACAACUCAAUAAUUUUGGUCUGGGUCAGGCUUCUAGGCAUCUCAACAAAAUUGAAUUUGGGAGAAGGACUAGGCCAUCUUGCUAUUAUUCUUGUUAAGCUCUUAUGUAUGGAUUUACCUACAAUAAAAGGGGUACAGAGUGGGUAGUGCUAUGAUAUGUGUUGAAUUGCCUGCAACCUCUCUGUUGAUUGAUCAUAUUAGUUUAACACCUAAUGGUACAGAGGAGAUGUUUAUGUCAGUGGAGUAUUGUUGGCUCCCAAUGAUUUGUUCUUCUUGUGAGUGGUAGUAUGAGGAAACUUUCGGUGGUCAUGAGGGAAGAGAACAAUUAAAAUGGUAUCUACUACAGGAAAUGAGAAGGGCAAGGAGGUUGUGAUGGAUGAAGGGCAGGAUUGUAGUGGCCUUGAGGCAAAUGUGGAAUUUUUGGGAGAGAGAGACACGCGAUGAAGGGCACAUGGCACAAAUCAUGUGGCUAGCCAACAAUUUGCGUCAACCUAAAUGGACCAAUCACAGGGAGAUUGCUAUCAUGCCGAACAAUAUGUGUAUACUCUUAGUCGUGCGAUAAGAUAUCAUGCAUCCUAAAUGGUGUGACAAGGACGCGAUAUAUGUAUUCUCAAGUGGAGGAAUCGCUAACCUCCAGCGAGAUAAUGGUUUGUUGCACUCCACGAUAGCGAUCUACUUUUAAAUCACUCCAACCUUCGCAUUUUACUAGAACGUUACAACUCAUAGAAUUUUAAAUUUUUAUUAAUUGAUUGCGACAUAUGAUUGGUUUUUUUGCUAAAUAGCUCUUGUACUCAGCGAUCUGCUUACAAAAUAGUUGAAGAGGUCAUAGAUUUGGGCAAAAGUAGGGCUGCAAAUGAGCCAAGCUACUCGCGAGCAACUCGAGGCUCAGAUCGUGAAAAACUCGUUUGAUACUCGGCUCAAUUUUUAACGAGCUGGCUCGUGAGCCAACUCAUUUGUUAAUGAGCCGAGCAUGAGCCAGAGUCUCUCCAACUCGUCAGGCUCGCGAGCUAGCUCGACUCGUUGGCUCGUUGAGCCAGGUUCGUGAGCUGGCUCGAUAGUAUGGAUCAAGAGUUAACUCGAUUAAAACUCAUUAGACAACUUGAUAUUGUUGCUUGAAACUUAAGUCAAUUUAAACUAAUAAGUCAACUUGAUAGUAUGGCACGCAAACCAAUUCACUAGCUUCUCAUUACGUAGCUCUCGGACAGACCUCUGUUAGUCACAUAACCCGUAGGCUGUUUAGAUUACAUAUUGUUAGUGAUAUAAGUCGUACUCGUAUGUUUCUUUUAAGAUAAUGAUGACAUAGGUUGAAUUUUAGAAUGAGGUGUCAUUGAAAGGAUUCGAACAUGAGACCUUCAGGUUCAAUACUAGUGAUAAUACUACUACAACAAGCCUCGUGUGUUGGUUAUGCUACAUAUCUUACUAAUCAGUGUGGUUUGACUUUUGAUUACUAUAAGAGAGCAUGAGACGUAUGAACAAACAAUGAUAAUGUGUUAAGAAGAUGAGAUUUCUUUUUCGUAGCUAGUUUAAAUAUAACAAAAAAAAAUACUUUGAUUAAAAGUUUCCAAUGUAGAGUUGCUUAUCAACACAUAUAUGCAACGCCAUGCCAGAAGUUUCUAAGUAUUUCUUAAAGUGAACCCAAUCCAUCUCUAUGCCCUCUAGUAACUGCUAAUUAAUAGAUUCUCAUUCCCGAUUCCAAUUCCUCUGUUAGGCCUCUGUCUACUCCAAUUCCCCCAAUUGCCUAUGUAAAGGUAAAGUAGAUGAACUUGAAUUAUGAACUUGACUUCAUCCUUUGUAAAAAUCAUAGUAGAAACCACAAUUGAGUCAUGUUUCAGAACUUUGAACAUUUCAAUUCAAAAGAAUCAGAACCAUUUCUAUAACUAAUUUUCUAUCGAAAGAUCAUUUGUAACUUCCUUGGUCGUACACUCAGAUGCCUUCUGAUUACUAGGACAUGUAUUCCUUAUCAUCCACCCCACCUUCAGACAAGAUAUGCUACCUUCUACAAUAUACGAUGAAGUUGAAGAUGGAGGGUUCGUAGAGUUGGACGAAGCUUCCAACAACGACUCUUUAAAUUAUUUUCGCAGUAGUAAUAAGCAGAGGCACAGUGUGGCAACUUUGUGGAGGUGCAGUAAAGGGGAACUCGUGCUAGCGAAUUGGACGAUAGCUAGUGGGAACUUUGAAGCUGCUUCGGAUGAAGGUGGCACUAAUGGUGGGAUGCUGCUUUUUCUAUCUCUUUUGUACCGCAUCGGUGGGCAAACUAGAUCUCAUGUUUCCACCAAUUAUAUAAUAGUGAUGGGACUAUCCACCCAAAAUAAAUCAUAAAGAGAUAUGUAUAACAUGUGACCUUUUUGAAAUGCGAUACGAGUUUGCUAUCUCUUCUGGGUCCAAGAUGGCUACAUAGUAGCCGUCCAAAGGAAUAUUGGGUUGUGAAAGCACAUAUAAAGUCGAGUAACUUAAAGGUGGCCUCGAUGAGGUGGGCUUGUUGAGCUCCUUGAUGAGCUGUUGUCGAGUUAAACUCGAGCUAAACUUUUUUUUAUUGAGCCGAGAUCGAGCUUCAUUUUUUUAGCUCGUCGCGAGUUCGAGUCGAGCACAUGCUUAGAAAUUCUCUUUCGAGCUUGAGUUGGGCAAAAGCUCGACUCGUUUGCCGCCCUAGGCAACAGUAUAGUAGAUUGGAAAACACGUUAAGGGUUGGGUAUUGAUGUAUUGAUGGAAUUUUGCUAGUAAGUGUUCUAUUUUGCGCAUAAUUCCUAAAUUCAAUACGUAAUUUAAAAUUUUGAGAUAAUAAUUUGAUACUUACCAAAUAUUUCUCACUUAGCAUGAGAAGUUGUUCUAAACAAAUAAGCAUUAGCCUACUAAACUAACCUAUGAUUACGAGUUUUAACAAAUCCAUUGAUAAGGAAAUCUAGUUGGGGAAAACACCGAGAAUGAACUUUGUUCUACAACAAAAAAAUUCAUCUCAAACAAAAUAACUGGUCAACAAAAUUUAUUGUUCAAAAACCGAUAUUAAUUAAAUCAUAAUGGCAACCAAGGAAGAACAUGGAUGGAAUUUAAGCUGUAAAUUAUAUGCAUGGCUCUAAAAAUAUAUAUAUAUCAACCUUUAGUUCGCAACUUGUGUCAAUGAAACAUAUUAGCUAAUCUGCAAUCAAACUAAUAUUUGUUUCAUCGUAUGAUUAACUAAUUGGUGAAAUUCAUAGCAUAUAUCAAUACACAUAUUGAAUAGGGAGAACUACUUUUUCAUAAAUAUAUAAAGACAAUGUCCACUACAUUGAUUAUUCAUAGCUCUCACCUUGUGAAAUCAUCAUCAUUAGCCAAUAAUAAUACAACAACACAAAGAACCAGAAAUGACGAGAACAAUCAGAAUGAAUAUUGCCCCGGGGAACUAUCUCCAUCCUCAUUUUGUGGCUAUCAUGGUCUUUGCAAUCCUCUUGUUAGUUUGCAUGACGAUCAUUUGUGUUGUGGCGUCUUCGUUGAUUGUGGUAAUAGUUUACAUCCUUUAUGACUUCAUUUAUUGGCGGGUGGUGGAAAACAAUCGUGACAUAGAAAUUGAGUCUGAUCUCGAGGAAGGAGUCGAGAGAAGAAGAAGACGUCGUCAGAGGAAGUAUUGUAGGGUGAUGAUGGAAUUGCCCUGUGUUGAGUAUGGAAGCGUUGGGUUAGAGACCACAUCUAGAGAAUGUGCGAUUUGCUUGGAGGAUUACAAUGGGGGAGAGCCAUGCAGAAUAAUGCCCGUGUGCAAACACAUGUUUCAUAUAGCUUGUAUUGACAACUGGCUUAGCGUGAAAAUUACGUGUCCUGUUUGUCGACAACGCAUAUUCAAUUUGAGGAAUGAUAGAUGAUUUAUCUGCAUUUAAUUUAUAUAGCCAUUAUGUAAGUAAAAACUGUAGCCAUUU